CAGGUGCCCAUGGCGGCUGCUGACGCGGCCGCGGCCCAGCAGCAGAGUGAUGAAAUCGAAGCUCUCUCAUCCAUUUAUGGUGAAGAUUGGUGUGUGGUUGAUGAAGAUGAGAAAAUCUACUGCAUUAAGAUUAGUGAUUGUCUGGAUCAUCCAAAAUGGACCCUCUGUCUGCAGGUGAUUUUGCCACCAGGAUAUCCACCUGCAGAGCCUCCUAUUUAUCAACUGAAUGCCCCUUGGCUUCGAGGACAAGAGUAUGUGGAACUGGCAAAUAGCUUGGAGGAAAUCUAUCUGCAGAACCUUGGUGAAAGUAUCCUCUACUUAUGGGUGGAGAAGAUAAGAGAAGUCCUGAUAGAAAAGGCACAGUCAUCAGAACCAGAACCAGAUGUUAAGAAAACCACUGAAGAAGCUGAAGAUGAUGCUGGAGAUGAUUUCCUCCUGGACUAUCAGCCCAUUCAGGAAGAUCCACUUCAAAUGUUGAAUUACCUUACACCUGGAAGUCAAGAAGGAGCUGAAGAGCUGCCACCCAUCCAUCAUGGAAACCCCAUCACAGAUCGAAGGAGCACUUUCCAGGCACACCUGGCUCCUGUGGUGACACCCAGGCAGGUGAAGAGAGUUCUUGAAAAGCUAUAUGAGAACAAGAAAAUUGCAACUGCUACCCACAACAUCUAUGCAUACAGGAUAUACUGUGAAGACAAGCAGACCUUCCUGCAGGACUGUGAGGAUGAUGGGGAGACAGCAGCAGGAGGACGUCUUCUCCAUCUGAUGCAGAUUCUGAAUGUCCACAACGUGCUGGUCGUGGUGUCCCGUUGGUACGGGGGGAUCCUGCUGGGACCUGACAGGUUUAAACACAUCAACAACUGUGCAAGGAGUGUCCUCGUGGAGCACAGCUAUGUACCUCCAGUGGAGGAAUCAUCUAAGCAAGCAGGAAAGAGCAAGAAGCUCAGGAAGGACACCAAGAAGAGAGCAGAGCACUAACUGAUUUGUCUUCAAAGCACAGAGGAUGAUUUUGCACAUAUUUAUACAGAGGAAGCUUGGACUUUCUUGCCCUGCCUGAGACAGCAGAGCUUUUGUUUUCACCUCAGUAAAGC